CCCCCCAAUCCCGCGCCGAGGCGGCGGCGGCGACGGCGGCGCGACGAUGAGGAUGAUGAAUACAUUGCAAAGUUUUUUUGGCCCCGGCGAGGGGUGUCAGAUUGAGUGCUCUGUGCGCAUGUGCGAAGGUGUCCAAACUGACAAUGCUGCGGAGAUGAAGAUAGUGUGUAGCCGCUUCUGGACUCGAGGAGGAGGAGAGAGAUUCCGCGAGCCGGCACCAUGCGAUCCAAGGCGAGGGCGAGGAAGCUGGCCAAAAGUGACGGCGACAUUGUAAAUAACAUGCACGAGCCUGACCCAGACCUGCUGGCUGGCGAGAGCGCGGAGUACGAGACCGAGGACAGCGUCGUGUCCCCCACCCCCAUGGGGCCGCCGUCCCCCUUCCCCACCAGCGAGGACUUCACCCCCAAGGAGGGCUCGCCGUACGAGGCCCCCGUCUACAUUCCUGAGGACAUUCCCAUCCCGCCAGACUUUGAGCUCCGAGAGUCCUCUAUCCCAGGGGCCGGCCUGGGGGUCUGGGCCAAGAAGAGGAUGGAAAUCGGGGAGAGGUUUGGCCCGUACAUGGUGGCACCGCGGGCCACGUUGAAGGAGGCCGACUUUGGAUGGGAGGUGAGCAUUCCCGUGUGA